AUGAGCGAGACGGUCAGGUUACACAUAUCUCCGUUCACCCCCGAGAUUCUCCCUGUCGUUCUACCUCCCUCCCUUCGUGAGACCGCAACCGAAAUCUCAUUUCACUCCAUUCCUACGUUUCCUGAAAACGCCUACGGCUACGUCACACUGCCCAAGAUGGAUGCCGAAAAGAUCAAGAAGAAGCUCAAUGGCUCCAUCCUCAAGGGUCGGAAGUUUAAAGUUGAGACCGCGCGACCAUCGAAGCGGGACCGGGAGGACGGCGAGGAUACGACGAAAAAGGAGAGAAAGUCUUCUAAGAAACGAAAAUCGGAAGAGCAGGAAGACGGUGUUCUUGAGGGAUAUGAACUCCCCUCCGAUCGAAAGGUCAAGCGAGGAUGGACGGAGCCCUCCAAGAAGGAUCGCCGACGGGCGGAAAAGAGCAAAAACAAGGGUGAAAAGACGGCCAAGCCGCAGCCCAAAUCCAAGUAUACCGAGAAGGAGGAGUGUCUGUUUCGAACCAAGAUCCCAUCCAAUAGGAAAUCUUUAGAGGCGGCAGAUGAAAAGAAAGCAAAGAAGGUGAAGAAGGGCAUGGAGAAUGUUGUACACGAGUUCGCCAAGGCCACAACUUUCCCUUCCUUCCUUCGCACGGCGAAUGAAGGUACUGCACCCACAGCGGAAUUUGAGGAUGAAAAAGGAUGGGUGGAUGCUUCGGGAAAGGUCAAGGAGGUCGUCAGUGAGAAGAGGAGGAAGUCAGACCAUCAUCCCGGACAAGUGCCGGGUGCCAAGGUCAAGAAGUCGGAGAUGAAGAAGCUACUUGUGAAAAAGAAGAGUCCCGAGCUGUCGAGUGAAUCGGAGGACUACACCUCCUCUAGUGGCUCCUCGUCGGACGAAAGCUCCGACUCUGAAAGCGAAGUGGAUGAGUCGACGGAUGAAUCAUCAACUCACGAGGAAGCAAAUGAUGCGUCAGACAGUCCGAAGAAGACUGUCGAGUCAGCCCCUGGCUCUGAUCAUGCGGCAGAUAGCUCCAGUGCCAGCUCCAGCUCGGACUCAGACUCGGACUCGGAUCCGGAUUCGAAUGCUGACUCUGACUCUGACUCCGAAUCGGAUACUGAAAUGGUAGACCAACCAACGCAAGACACCCUAUCCCGGGUUGCCGAAUCGCAAGAAAGCAAGCCUCGGGAGACCGAGACUCAACCGACACAGGAGGUUCAUCCUUUGGAGGCGCUCUUCAAGAAACAGCCUUCCACUGCAUCUAACAAGGCAGAAGAGCCAGGGCCUGCUACUGGCUUCAGCUUCUUCGGUGGUGACGAUGUUGAGUCUGAAGAAGAAACGCAACCCGCAGAGCCUCAAACUCCCUUCACGCCUUUCGCCAAGAAAGAUCUUCAGUUCAGAGGUUUAAGGAGUGCGGCGCCUACACCUGACACGGCAGCAGUGAAUCGUCGCAUGAAUUGGACAGGGUCAGAAGGAUUUGAUGAAGAAGAUGUGGAGCCAGUCAUUGAUACUCCGGUCUCCAAGACUCGGGAACAAGAAGAACCCAAGGAGGAGACCGAAUUUGCAAAGUGGUUCUGGGAGAAUCGGGGUGAUAAUAAUCGUGCCUGGAAAAAGCGACGACGUCAUUCUGCUGCUCAUUACAUUCCUCUCCCUUAUCUCAAUAACGACAGCAGCGACACAAUCAUCCCACUCGAUGCAUCCAAGUCCAGCUCCGGCGACGGCGACCACAAGGAUGCUCUACGCCUUUACGAACGCACAUUCGAGACAAGCCUCGAUCGCGACUUCGAACGGGAUCGCCUCGACGAGACACAGUCAUUACAAGAUGUAUCGCAUGGGUUUGCAGGGACGGACGAGACACAGUCAUUACAAGAUGUAUCGCAUGGGUUUGCAGGGACGGACGAGACGAAUCCUGGCGUCCUGGCCGCGCGCGCGCAGACGUACCGCGCCUUGACCUGCAACGACUGUAAUCGCAAGUUCUGCCUCGACUACAAGCUGCCGAUUUGCAAGGAUGCAAAGGAGGAGGAUCGAGACUCGCGAAAGGACCAAGCAGUGGUGUUCAUUUUCAUUUUCGCAACAGGCGGGCUAUUGUUGUGGGCGUUACUCAAGCCUUGGAUCGAGCGGUUUAUCGAGGCUGCCAGAGAAAGACGGUCAUAUGUGCCAGUUGGCGAAUCUGAGGGAUCAUGA